CCGGGGGCUGCACCUGCAGCCUCCCUGACUCAUGCACACAGGCUAGCUGCCCUCGGUACCUGCAGGUAGCUGUACAGCCCCCACCUGGGCUGCCCAGGACUGGCCCACCACUUUCUCUGGCUCCUGAAGCACCUUGACGGAAGAUGUCUGUGGCAAAUUGUAGCCAUAGGCCUGCUCUGCUCAGAGUCCUCCUGCUGAUCUUACUGAUAGCCCAGAACCUGCUCAGAAGUCAGGUGACCCCUGCACCUGUCCAGAUAUGCCACAGCUUCCACUGCUUCGGAGAGAUGUGCUACCAGGAGGCAAAGUUCUCCAACCAAAUGGCAGAGUGUAAACCUGGGGAGCACCACUGUGAGUUGAUUCAACUUAACGCUUCCCACCACAUGGCCCGGUGCAGCCACAGUUGUGAGGGGGGAAAUGAAACCGAUCCCAGCCCUUGUCUGCUGGCCAACGACUCGGCCCCCGGCCCAGGACCCUGCUCUCUGCAGUGCUGCAGUGGCCGACCACUCUGCCUGGUGCUCAGUGAGGUGGCCUCGGGUCUAGGCCACCUGACCAUCCCAGAGGUCAAGCUGGUUCCCGCUCCACCAGCCCUUAAGAGAAAUGAGAAAAGCUGUGCCUCGUUCUCCUGCCAAGGCAGUGACUGCUUCAAAGGGCAGAAAGCUGUGACCACGUGCCCUGAGGGCUUGGACUUCUGUGAGCUGAAACGGUCCAGAUCAGGUUACACUGCGGGUUGCAGCCAGGCCUGUGUGGCAGAGAUCCACAGGUGUUCUGAGGCUGUGGCUCAGGCCUGCUCCCAGGAGUGCUGCCUAGCCUCGGCCUCAGGCAGCUGCCUCCGGCUGGAUGGGAACCUCCACUUCAGCCAGGCAGCCCCAGGGGCCACCAAGAGCCCCCUGCACUGGUCGCUGUCUGGGACCAUGCUGCUGCUGCUCCUCCUGCUCCCCUAGCUGAGCCCGGCUGAAUCAUGGAGCGCCAGCAGGAAGAACCUGCAGGCCUUGCAGGCUCCCAGGCCCACCCCCAGCUCUGAUUCUUGUAGCUGUAUCUUUAGGGAAAGGGAUUUAUCAAGCCCACAUCUCUGGGUUCGAGGCUCCUGCCUUCUACCUCCCAGGGCCGAGGCCUGACCAUGGUGUCCUCUAAGGGGUCAAGGACUUAGCCCCAACCCCAAAGAGGGGCUGGCGUUUAUCUGGAAAAACCACCAUUGUUUUUUUCCGCCUGACCCCCAUCGAGGGGGAGGGCCCAAAAGUCCUGCAGAGGACAGAUUAUAAAAUGGGCCCAGCCCCAUUCAUUUUUCCCAGACCCUCCUCCCCAGCCUUUGAUGGUAAGAGUGGGCUAGAAUUGGGGUUCCCUUGCUUUCCUGCAGUGACACCCAACCCCUUUAUCUCUAAAGGUCUGUAUCAAUCCCCUUUCCCUUCAUCCCCGACAUGACUUUGAAACCAAAUUCAA